UUGAAGGAUCCCCGCAGCCUCGACCCCCCUGUUCUUCCGAACGCCGUUCGUGAAGGUGCCUUAUCGAUCCCGAAUAUCAUGGUAAGUCACCUUUCAGUUUCUGCUCUUUCUGUCUAACUCCUACUGGUCGCACAUCAGGAUACUCCCUCUAGUGUGGAGCAAGGUGCUGAAAUCCAAUCGACACCACAGGACGCCGAGGAGGUUGCAAAGCUCAUGAACCCAAUUUCGGAGCGUGUGACAGUCGUAAUGCCACUUUUGGGGCGUGUGAAAUCUCCAUCUCCUGCCCAACAUUCACCGGCACCAGUGGAUCUCGAGCUUGCAUAUAAUUUCCAGGACACAUAUAUCCGACCCUUCAAGAUAUUCGACAGUGUUGUCGGAACGCUCACGGAUGUACAUCCAUACACAAAGAUUGCACUACUUCUCCAGCAGUUAGGACAAGUUUACGACUUCAUGAUGCAAGACGAGACUCUUCGCGAAAUUCCGUCAAUGCAGAGCAUCGUCGGACCAAUAGUUCAGCACACUCUCAAGUGCUCUCAGUUUAUCAGAGAUUAUUCCACGACCAAGAAUUUAUGGAAAAGACUUGGGAAAAAUAUUCUCUCAGAAACAGAUCAUACGAUUCAACAAUACAUCGACGUGUUCCAGGAGCUCAUGAAACGCUUCCAAGACCGAACUGCUCAGAACACCUCCGUUCAGCGUACAGGGGAUUUGCCGGACCUCAGUGGCAUAACUUAUGCACAGGACGCUGGACUUGAUCCCGGGAAACAAUGCUUACCAGGGACGCGCAUGGAAAUUCUCUCCGAGAUUAUCGACUGGGCUAACAGCACGAAAGGCAAUGUUCAGCCUGUGCUGUGGCUAUCCGGCCCUGCAAGAAAGGGCAAAUCAGCCAUUGCACACACACUUGCAAACUGGUUCAACAAUGUGGGAGGGCUUGGUUCGUAUUACUGUUUCGACCGUCAGCGAGAUGCCGAGCGUUUGCAUGAAAAGAUCUUUUCCACCAUCGCGCGCGACCUGGCUGACCGUGAUCCUGGGGUGAAGCGAGCGUUGGUAGAUGCAGUACAGCAUGCCAGUGUGCUCAAGAAUACGACAGAUAUCAUCCAGCAGUGGCACAAGCUUCUCAUGGGACCGCUGGGGAAGCUCUCUAGAUUAACGGUGAGACCUGUCCUGAUCGUGAUCGAAGCACUGGAUGAGAGCGGCGGGGCGGAUACGCGGCGUGACCUUCUCCGCAUAAUCGCUGGUAAACCUCCGCAUCAGGGUCCCCAAAUCACUGAUUUGCCAUCCAACUUCCGUAUCCUUGUCACCUCUCGUCCACUUUCCGAUAUCAAAACCCAGUUUGACGGUGCUCAGCAUAUACUUCAGUUGUCCAUGGACUAUAUUCCAUCGGAAGUCACGGAGCGUGACAUUCAUACUUAUGUAUCUGCAGAGUUGAAGGGGCUGUCGGGUAUUCAGGAAAAACAAAUUGCAAUGCUCGCUGCGCAAGCUGAUGGACUUUUCGAUUGGGCGCGUCGUGCCUGUGAUUACAUCAAGAAAGGCACGGACAUGGACGCCGUCGAUGCUCUCGUGAAACGCGAUCUGUAUGUUAUGUAUCGGACGCUCUUGGCAGAGAUAAUGGCAACCCAAAAUGGGACACCUGAAAUAUUAGCGGUGUUUCGUUCUGUGAUGCCACAAAUUCUUGGCACAGUCGAACCGCUUUCUUUAAUUUCCCUGAAUGCCAUGAGGGACUGUAUUCCAGACCAAAGCAAGCAUUACAAGGCGGAGGAUAUCGUACAACAUAUGGGAUCCCUCCUCAGCGGCACCACCAACCCAUCUACACCCAUCAAACCCCUUCACACAUCAUUUCGCGAAUUUCUCACAGUCCAGGCAUCCAGUGGAGACUUUUUCGUCGACAUAUCGAAAGCACAACGCGAUCUUACUUUUGCGUCGCUUCGAGUGAUGAGGCAUGGACUUCUCUUCAAUCUCUGUAAUUUAAAGUCUUCGCACCUCCUCAAUCGCGAAGACCUCGAGCUGCAUGAACAAGUUGAAAGAAACAUCCCUCCAUAUCUGUCCUAUUCUUGUCGAUUUUGGUCUUCGCACCUACGAGCAACCGUCUUCGACACGGAACUCGCAGAGGAAGUGAAAUCAUUCUUCGACCACGAGCGGUUGCUCUUUUGGCUCGAAGUGCUUGGUGUUAUUCAAGCAGUCAGUAGCGCAGUCACCGCGCUUCCGCACAUCCCCCGGUGGCUGAAGGAUCAUUCCGGAUACGAAGAUGUCUCAGCCACUGCAAUGGAUGUGCAUCAAUUUAUUCAAACCUUCGGUGGUAUCAUUUUACACAGCACGCCACAUCUCUAUGUAUCAGCGCUGCCUUUCUGGGCUGUCAAUUCGUCGAUAGGUUCUAAAUUCGCCUCAAAUUUUCCGAAUAUUCUUCGUCUGGUGUCUAGAUGUGAUUCGGAGUCGGUGGCUGUUCAGAGCCUACUCGGAGAGUAUGCGGAAAAGGUGUUAUCAGUCUCGUUUUCUCCUGAUGGGACUCGCAUUGCGACUGGCUCAGUGGAUAAGACUGUGCGGUUGUGGGAUGCAGCGACUGGACAGCCAAUUGGUGAGCCCCUGCGGGGGCACACUGGUGCCGUCAGCUCGGUAUUGUUCUCGCCGGAUGGGACUCGCAUCGCCUCAGCCCUUGCAGGGACACACUGCUUGGGUCAACUCAGUCUCGUUCUCGCCGGAUGGGAUCCGCAUUGUGUCUGGUUCAUCUGAUAACACUAUUCGACUGUGGGAGGCAGCGACGGGGGAGCCAAUUGGUGAGCCCUUGCGGGGGCACA